GAUCAGAAUGCACAUUUUAGAAAGUAAGAUUGGAGUUUCACCACGCGCCGGCUCAAAGAAGAUCACACACUAAAGAACACAAGCUAUACAGCACGUAUCGUGGACACUGGAGAAAAGGAAAAAAUAAACAAUGAGUCUUAAUGGUGGUUUGGAAUCAGCUUCAAUGCUGGAAGAAAUGAUGGAAAUUACUGCUCAAAACCUUGUUAGAAUGGAGGUUUCUGAACAUUAUAAAGUCAUCAAAGAACUUGGAAAAGGCAAAUAUGGAAUUGUAACACUUGUGAUCCAUCGCCAAAGAGGUACACCCAUGGCCCUAAAAUUACUGCCAAAGACAAGCACCAAACAGCACAACUUCCUGUAUGAAUACUGUGUUGCUCUUUUCCUCUCUGCUCACCCCAACAUUAUCGGCAUGUUUGGUAUCGCAAUUGAAUCCAAGGAACAUUAUGGUUUUUUAUAUGAAGCUGCUUUACAAAGGGAUCUGAUAUCCAUUAUAAAGCCCAAAGAAGGUAUACCCGAACCAGCUGCCAAGCAGUGUACCAAACAGCUAGUCAGUGCACUUGAAUUCAUCCAUCACAAAGGACUGGUCUAUAGAGAUGUAAAACCAGAAAAUGUCCUAAUUUUUGGCCGGGACUGUCAGAAUAUAAAGCUUACGGACUUUGGAUUAACUCGCCCAAGAGGGACAAUGUUGAAACUUGUGUCUGGAAUCAUCCCGUAUACGGCACCAGAACUAAGCAACACACAAAAUUGUGAAGGAGUGUCCAUCGAUUUCACCCUUGAUGCUUGGGCAUUAGGUGUGCUUCUUUUCUGCCUGAUGACUGGAUACUUUCCAUGGGAGAAAACACUUCCCUCUGACCCAUUUUUUCAAGAUUUCAUUAUUUGGCAGGAAACUGGCAGUACUGAAGAGCUAUCAAAGCACUGGAAGAUAUUAACCACAGAGGCUAUGGAUAUGUUAAGUAAACUGAUGACUUUAAAUCCAUUAGAGAGAAGCCCUGUUAGCAAAGUCUUGUGGUAUUUAGACCAGCCAUGGAGAGUGGACAACUGUCAAGCAAAGGAAGUACUAGAUUAAUGUAUUACAGAACGAAAAGUUGAAAUUACAAGAUGUAAAAAUAUAAAGGUUCUGAUUCUAAUCA